AUGGCUAGAUCUACACUGCUGCUUGUGGCGACACUAUUAGCCCUUCUCACUCUUACUCCAGCCCAACAGGCACCGUCGACUACGGUAUCCUCUCAUAGCUCAGUGUACACUGUUCCACCAGACGCCGAUGUUGGCCAGCCCAUUAUUCCAAAUAUCGUCGAUCCCCAAGCUAUUGACCCACAAUCUGUCUGCCCGGGAUAUAUAGCUUCUAAUGUGAAGAACACCAGUAAUGGGCUGACAGCGGAUCUCACUUUGGCCGGCGACGCUUGUAACGUCUAUGGAACCGAUAUCGAAGCUCUCACUUUAGUUGUUGAAUACCAAGCGGUAGACAGAUUACACGUCGAGAUACAACCACGCUAUAUAGGGUCCGAGAAUUAUACUUGGUUUGUUCUUCCAGAGGAACUAAUUCCAAAGCCUCAAGUUGAGGAAGGUAGCGAUAGCUUCUCCUCAAGCAGUGACCUUGAGUUCACUUGGAGUAAUGAGCCCACCUUCUCAUUCAAAGUCACAAGGAAAAGUACUGGCGACGUCUUGUUCACUACUGAAGGCUCCCAGUUGGUGUACGAGAACCAAUUCAUUGAAUUUGGCUCGUCCUUGCCCGAGAACUAUAACCUAUAUGGAUUAGGCGAGGUCAUUCAUGGCUUCAGACUCGGGAACAAUCUCACUCGAACUUUCUUCGCCGCAGAUGUAGGAGACAUCAUAGAUGCGAAUAUCUAUGGCAAUCAUCCCAUCUACUUGGACACUCGUUACUUUGAGGUGGAUAAGGAUACCGGCGCGAUCACUUACGCCCCAAAUGCUACUGACACGUCGGCUGAAUAUAAAUCGUAUACACACGGUGUCUUUCAGCGUAACGCCCAUACCCAGGAAGUCCUACUACGAGAGUCUAAUAUCACUUGGAGAGCUCUAGGCGGUAACAUUGACCUCUAUUUCUAUGAGGGCCCCACUCAAGAUAAUAUUACCAAGUCCUACCAAAAGAGCGCUAUCGGGUUACCUGCAAUGCAGCAGUAUUGGACCUUCGGGUAUCACCAAUGCAGAUGGGGUUAUAAUAAUUGGACUGACCUUCAAAAUGUUAUCGACAACUUCGCCAAAUUUGAGAUCCCCCUCGAGACAAUCUGGUCCGACAUCGAUUACAUGGUAGCCUACCGGGACUUCGAGAACGACCCGGAUCGUUUUGGUUACACCGAAGGCGCUGACUUCUUAUCACGUUUACACCAAAACAACCAACAUUAUGUACCUAUCAUCGACUCGGCUAUAUACGCGCCGGACCCUUCAAAUGCUAGCGACGCAUAUCCACCUUUUGAUCGCGGCGUCGCAGAAGAUGCCUUCCUGAUCAACCCCGAUGGAUCUACUUACAUCGGAGCGGUUUGGCCUGGCUAUACUGUCUUCCCGGAUUGGAUUGGAGCUCUAUUUAAUGGGACGGGAGCGAACCGAUGGUGGAUAUCCGAAGUUGCUGAGUACUACAGCAAGAUCAAGUUUGACGGAAUUUGGAUCGACAUGUCGGAAGUCUCUUCCUUCUGCGUCGGUAGCUGUGGCAGCAAUGAGUUGAGCCUCAACCCUGCCCAUCCCCCAUUUCAACUACCGGGUGAACCCGGUAACGAGGUAUUGAACUACCCCGAGGGAUUCAAUCUAACCAAUGCAACUGAAGCGGCUUCUGCAUCCGCAGCCUUGGACUCCAUGUCAGCUACGGCGACACAAGCGUCUUCCACAACAUCCUACCUUCGUAGCACACCAACUCCAGGCGUUCGCAACGUCAAUUGGCCGCCAUACGCCGUGAACAACUGGCAUGGCGAUCUUGCCGUUCAUGCUGUUAGCCCCAAUGCGACUCACCACGGCGGUAUUCGAGAAUACGAUGUUCAUAACGUAUACGGACACCAAAUCUUGAACGCGACGUACCAUGCACUUCUUAACAUUUUCCCUACGAAACGACCAUUCAUUAUUGGUCGAUCUCAAUUUGCCGGCUCUGGAAAAUGGGCUGGUCACUGGGGGGGUGAUAAUUAUUCUCUUUGGGCGUUCAUGUUCUUCUCAAUCCCGCAAGCCUUAUCAUUUUCCCUCUUUGGUAUCCCAAUGUUCGGCGUGGAUACAUGCGGAUUUGCUGACAAUGCUGAUUUGGAGUUAUGUUCUCGUUGGAUGCAACUUUCGGCAUUCUUCCCAUUCUAUCGGAAUCAUAAUACGUUGGGCGCAGCCAGUCAAGAACCCUAUAUAUGGUCUGCCGUAGCGGAUGCAUCCAAAGCCGCGAUGAAGAUACGUUAUGUGCUGCUUCCGUAUUUAUACACAACCUUCUAUCUAAGCCACUCUACCGGUUCGACAACCAUGCGUGCUCUGGUCUGGGAGUUCCCCAGCGAGCCGUGGUUAGCCAAUGCGGACAGACAGUUCCUCCUCGGCGAUUCGAUCCUAGUUACACCAUGUUUGGUCCAAGGCGCUACGACCGUCGAUGGGGUCUUCCCAGGUGUGGGUUCCGGCACUCUUUGGUAUGAUUGGUAUAAUCAUACGUCCAUCACGGGGGUCACAGCUGGCCAGAAUGUUACCAUCGAUGCACCACUGGGCCACAUCCCAGUUUACGUCCGAGGUGGAAAAGUAGUGCCGCUACAGGAACCAGGCCUGACAACUUCAGCCGUUAGAUCGAGUCCGUGGAGUUUGCUUGUCGCUUUAGAUGCGGACGGACAUGCCAGUGGAGGGCUCUAUUUAGACGAUGGCGAGAGCUUGGUGCCGAAUGCGACUACAUGGGUGGACUUCACGGUUGAGCACUCUUCGUUAAAAGCUACGCCUAAAGGCAACUUCAUCGAUAUCAAUACCCUUGGCAAUGUGACGAUAUUGGGAGCUCAAGGACCUAUAUCGAAGGUGCAGUUGAAUGGGAAAGAUGUUCAAGCCAGCACAUGGGAUCUGGAAAGCUCAGGUGAUACAUUGAAGAUCACAGGUCUAGAUUCAUUUACAGCGGAUGGGGCCUGGAGAGAUGAAUGGACGUUAAGUUGGUCUUAG